AUGAGCAUCGCCUUCAUUGAACAUCGAGUAUUAGUAGAAGAAAUGGAACACUCGAAAGAUUUAACUGAAAUAGUUGAUAUGGAGAUCGAUGACAAGGACGAAUAUGAAAUUACUUCAGACAUUAAUGAGGUCGCAAAUGUUAGUUUCAUCACUACUAAUUCUCUCGCUCGAAGAGAUGUUGAGAAUGAUAAACCAAAGCAAAUUGUACUCGGCAUGAAUACUCAGAGAUGCAUGAAAAAUUCAAAAGGAAAGAGGAGACGAUCAAGAUGGGAUGUUGGGCCAAUCUUUCAUGCAAAAUCCAGUACUGCCUCAGACUCAGAUUUAGAUGCGAAAAAUGUGGAGAUGUGUAUUGCUAAACAAUAUGAAAAGACGAACCUCUUAGUUAAUGAAGAAAAAAAAAUAAACGAAGUUCGGGAGACGUGCAGUAUUUCAGAACAAGCAUGCUCGAUAACUGCUGAAACAUCUUUUGCGAUGCAACAAAAGCAUGUCCAAAGUAAAUGCUAUGAUAAGAUGGCACUGCCAUGUAAUUCCUCUACCGUAUGUCUAUCAUCUGAAUCAUCAGAUGUGGAUAAAAUUCUGUCGGUUCCUAAUGCAGUAAAGGAGGAUAAAGCUAAAGUGGCAUUCAAAUGGAAGUUGACGAAAACAACAAAAGAACUUUCAAAAUUAGACAGCAAUGUGUGGGGGCUGGAAAGUGAAACUCGUGAGUUGCCGAAAUUAGAUUUUAGUGAGCCAUUUAAUGAUAUGUUGGAUGAUACUAUGAAUUCUUUAUCAGUUGCAAAAACUAUUCCAGGGGAGUCGGAAUUGGAAGUUAGUAAGAGUUCUUCUCAUAUGCCGUCUUCUUGUCAAGAUUCCUUAUUCACAGAAGAAAUAAUUCUCCUUCCUAACUCUGACGAAUCACUAUCAACAAGCGUGAAAAUAAGGAAUGAUUUUGUAUCAUAUGAUAAGGAAAAUGACUCAUUUUGUAAUGUGGAGAUUGAGCAGUUACGUCCGGUACAUCAUGCAGCACUGGAAAUAGUGCCUAAAUCACCUAAAGAUGAACUAUGUCAACUAGUCACAGAUCUAGGAUCGAACAGUAGUGAUAUUAAGCAACGCAUGUCCCCUUCUUUACAACAUGAGCAUAGUGAUCUGCCAGGUAGUUCGAAAGUCAAUGUAUACGAUCAAAUUGAUAUGGCCAAUGCGACUAGCACACAGAGCACAGGGAAUUCUUGGUAUGCAUCAGAGUUCUGCCAAAAGUCGAGUAUGGAAGAGGAGAAGUCACUUUCUUCGGAAUCACAGUCUUCUACACAUCAGAGCUGGGAUAUUAUAGGAAGUCCGAAAACUGAAGAAAAUUCAGAAAGUGAACGAGCCUCUUCUAUGUCAUCAGUUUCCUCUCCCUCAUCAGUUUCGAUUUGUUCCUUAGAUUCUACUCCGCAAAAAUUUUCUUUGCCAGAUAAUAAUGUCUUACAAACCACUGAUAUACAGCAAAACCAACUUUCGGAAGCCUCUGAUUUAAGUGGUAUCAUGAGUCAUGCUAUCUUCACUAAUGACGAGAACGUAGAAAAUCCAUCAGCACCUCAAGUUUCUUCUACAAUUCAGGAAACAAUUAGUUGUCCACCGCCAUAUGAGGAACUGGAUGAUAACGUCAUACUUUGCGAUGAAAGCUUGAUCAAAGAGGCCAAGGUUAUAAUUAGAAAAAAUAUAUUUUGGGUCGUGCGUUGCUUCUGUGAACCAACAUCACAAGAAAUAGCAGAAGGUCGUGGUUGCAGCUCUGGUUGCAUUAAUCGAGAACUGUAUACUGAAUGUGGUUCACGAUGCCCCAGUGGUACUGGAUGUGCUAACAGGCGCUUUCAUAAUAAACAAUAUGCCAAGGUAGAAGUAUUCUAUGCCGGUGUGAAGGGAUGGGGAUUGAAAGCGAUGGAACCACUUGAUCCUGGUCGUUUUAUCAUUGAAUACGUGGGGGAAGUAAUUGAUGCUGAAGAAAUGAUACGUCGUGGAAGAAAAUAUGGAAAAGAUCCGAAACAUGUACAUCAUUAUCUUAUGGCAUUGAAAAAUGGUGCUGUUAUAGAUGCCACUGCAAAAGGAAAUGUUUCACGUUUCAUAAAUCAUUCUUGUGAUCCAAACUGUGAAAGUCAGAAGUGGACCGUAGAUCGACAGUUACGAGUGGGUUUUUUCGUCAUCAAACCUAUCGCUAUUGGAGAAGAGAUUGUUUUCGAUUAUCAGCUUGAACGUUAUGGGCGAAAAGCGCAAAGAUGCUUUUGUGGUGCUGCAAACUGUCGAGGUCGAAUAGGUGAUGACAGUGAAAGUGAAGGAGAGGAUAAAAUUAGUGAUGAAGCUGAGAUUGAAGAAAGCGAAGCUGAUGAUGAGAUUAUUUUAUCUAAAGCUGAAGUGAGAGCGGGAAACAAAGAAGAAAGUGCACAGAAAAUCAAAAAGAAAAAAAAACAAAGAUCAAUUCAGCGCUACAAUAAGGCUAUAAGAAGUACUCUGUCGAGGGGACCUCCCCGAAAUCGUACUCAAGUUCGAGAUCUUGUUAGGUUGAUGAUACAAGUAGAGCAAGCACCUCAGCGUUCAUCUCUUAUAAAGUGUAUUCGAUUUGCACAUCCUGAUGUAUUGCGGCUCUUCAUUCAAGAAUGCGGUCUACGACUUCUCUAUGUAUUCUUGGCAACUGACUACCCGAUUGAUGAUAAGCAGUCUGUACUGCAGUUGCAGAUUAAAUCACUUGAUCUAUUGGAUGUUAUGCCUAUUGCAAAUAAAAAUCAGAUAAACGAUAGUCAUUUGGCAAGUACAGUGAAGAAGAUUUCUAGAGAGAGAGGGCCAGUUGAUGAAAUUGUAGAAGAUGUAAUGAGGAAAAUAAUAGACGCAUUAUGUUGCGAUGUACCUUCUACUUCUUUGAAUCCAAUAUCAAGGUUUUUACAAGAUCCAGAUCCUCUUAUAGAGCGUUUACAUUGUGAAAUGGUCGUGAAAGCUGCAAAAUUGAUUGAAAAGUGGGAAAAUUUGCGUGAAGAAUAUCGCAUCCCUCGACGAGAGCGCAAAAGCUCUGAUAGUAUUCAGCAUGAUACCAGUCGAUACAUUCGGUCUAAACUGUCAUUUCAGAAAAAGGAAGAUGAAAGAAGUAAACGAGUGAUAGUGGACAAAAAAGACGAUGGUAGUACAUUAUGGAGGCUAAGUGGGUUUGGACCACCGCCAAAAAAACGUUGCUUUGAUCGACAUCGUUUUCAAAAAGCCGAUUUACCAAUUUUCAUCAAGGACUUGACACAUCUUGAAAACGAGGAUUUCAAGCAGUCAACGUCUUCAGUUGACAUAUCUCGUGCUAAUAGUGAAGAAGAUGGAUGCAAAUCAAAAAAACGACGUUCGAGAUUUGAUAUUAUCGGCGAAAGGAAUCCAUCAUCGAUGUAUGAAUUGUACGCUACGGAUAGCGAUUUUUAUGCCCCACCUCCACCAAAGCUACUGCCUGAAUCGAUGUUUGCAGCAGGUUUGCCGCGUUCUAUCAAUUUGUUGCAUGGAGAUCAGCCAUUUUCCGAAUAUUUUGAUUGGAAUACAGUAUAUGCAAAGUAUGAUCCAUCAUCGGCUGCCUACCAACAGUUCAUUGAUUACUAUCAGCAGGAACAGUAUCCAGUAAUGGGAUUGGUACAAUGUCCAAGUCAACCUUCAAUGUGGUUGCAGAAUAUAGCAGAAAUAAAAAGUAUUUUGGAGGCACCAGCUCCUCCUCCACCAAAACAACCUAAAACUCCGGAAGAAAAUCCAAAUUUGCUCACAAUUGGACCGAUUAAUAUGGAUAACCCAACAGAAAAAGAUAUCGAAAUACUUGAAAAACAUUUAAUUACGCUUAAAGCAAAGCUGGCUGAAAUCAAAAAAAGGGAACAAGAGUCAGAAAUCAACGCUUUAAAGGAUUCAAAUGAAAAAAUUAAUGCACCGCCACCUCCUCCACCAAUUCAAAGCAAACAGUCUUUGUGGGUGCAGGCUACAACUGAAGAAGGCGCUGUUUAUUACUAUAAUAAGGAAACUAGAGAAUCUGUAUGGUCCCUACCUGAUGAAUCUGAAGGAGGAAAUGCCUCUGCUGACACCACAACUGACCGUUCUGAUACUCGUGCAACAUUCAAAGUGGAAAUAGUGAAGUAUGUUGGAGGAAUGCUGGAACCGAUUCGAAAACUUAAAUUUGCAUCUGCUGAUGAUUAUAAAUACGUCUUGCGAAAGCUAACACACACUAUACUGGAUAAAGAAUUAAAACGUGUUGGUGAAACAGAGCUUAGAGUCACAGAGUCUGUUCGAGAUAAAGCACGGAAGUUUGUGGGUGAAUAUUUAGCACGACUGGGUGAUGUGAAAGUAAGCCGUACUUUUCCUCGGAAUAAAUUUUACAUUGGUCUGUUGCUGGAUUGGAUGGAGCAAGUGGAAGAGAGGAAUUUCAGAUCUAUACUCUCUCGAGCAUUAAUCAAUUUGAAAGCAUAUCCAUUGAAUGUUGAAACAUUUGGAGACCUGAAGAUUAUUCGAGGCAUUGGUGAUCAAUUAGCUGAAAAACUUGACGCAGCAUGGAAUGCAUUCUGCUCGGAGAAUGUGGGUACUCCAACCCUGAAACAAAUUGAACAGAUGAAAAGGGGUGAUUUCUUUCAGUAUCUCAACAGUUCUCAGAUAUCUAAAUCGCAAAAUGUCAAGAGAUCAAAGAAGAAGAUGAAUGGUAAUAUUAGAGAUGUGAAGUUCGGUCACAGUCAAAUCCGAAAACAUUUGAAGAAAUCCGAAGCACAGUCAAUAGAUGAAAAUAUUUAUACCGAUGCUCAGGUUUCAUGUAGUCAGGUACACCGUGGUAAGAGGGAAGUCGCUCGAGGGCCUGUUGAUUUGGGCAAAGAUACGGAAACGGUAAAUGCUUGUGAUGAUUCUGAAAGACUUGAGGAAGUCUGCUCUGCAUCGCAACAAUGUGACAUUAGUAUUGUUUACAGUCCUUUCACAUUCUUCACUUCUCAGAUUAUAUUAAUUAUUGACAAUCGUGAGAGUGGAAAUCCAGCAAAGUUUCAGAGAAUGUGCCGUUUAUUCGAUAAAGAGAAAAUUCCGUAUGAAAUGCGUUCGUUGUCUGUAGGCGAUUAUUUGUGGAUAUUACGUAUGCAUGAUGGUUCGGAGAUGGUACUCGACUACAUCGUUGAACGCAAAACAAACAAUGAUCUGUGAUAUGAUGAGCAGAAACAACGUUUAAUUUUAUCAGGAAUCCCGAAUAUAGUCUAUAUUCUGGAAGGAACCAGAGUUUUUGAGCCUGCUCUCGAACAAGCGUUGGUUACUACUCAUGUGGAAAACCGGUUUUUGGUUUACCGUACAAAUGAUGCUGAGCAUACUGCGCUCGUCUUAGCUAGAAUUACAGAACGAAUGGUAAGGAACGCUUCCACUCGAGAGUUAACAGGAAUGAAAUUCGAAAAUUUUCAAAGAAUUUCGAAGAAAACUCAACGUCGAAAUGUCAAGGACGUAUUUUUGCGACAGCUCCUUGUAUGCCCUAUGAUCAGCGCUCAGAAAGCCUCUGCUAUUGUCGAUCGUUUUCCAUCAUUCUUUGCUCUCCGGAACUUCUACUCAUCACUUCCAAUAGAACAACGAGAAACAGCUUUGUUCGAGAAUGUUCCUGGUAUAAGCAAAGUAGCAAGCAAAAACAUGGCAAAGUUUUUCGCUUAG